CGCGCGCAAGUGGCACGCGAGUUCCGGCUUCGUUACUUUAGAGCUUAAACAUGGGUAACCAGAGGGCUCGCUCCCGCGGUCUCCGCCAUGGCACGCGUAACAUGUUCAGCCGUCCCUUCCGCAAGAAGGGACCGAACAACGCCACCACCUACCUGAGGACCUUCAGGAUCGGUGACUACGUCGACAUCAAGGUGAACCCUUCCCAGCAGAAGGGUAUGCCUUACCUGGCGUACCAGGGCCGCACUGGUAUCGUGUGGAACGUCACCCCCCGUGCCGUCGGUGUUGAGGUUAACAAGCAGAUUGGUGGUCGCGUCGCUAGGAAGCGCAUCCACGUCCGCAUCGAGCACGUGCAGCACUCCAACUGCCGCGCGGACUUCCUCGCCCGCCGCAAGGCGAACGAUGAGGCCCACGAGGCUGCGCACAAGUCUGGACAGCCCGCGCCCCAGACUAAGCGCACCGUCCCCGGUCCCCGUGAGGGUUUCACCCUGGAGAACGUCAAGACCGAGAUCCUGACGGCCGUCCCCUACGACAUCGUUCGUGAGGGUAUCAAGUACUAAAUUGGGGGGGUUCGCCAUUGUGCAUUUGUGCGUAGUUUUUAUGGAAUAAGAUCUGCGCAAUCUU